AUUCUACAACUGAAGUUUAAAAUUCCUUUCUAGACUAAUGAGAUGCCACAAUUUAAUGGUAAACGGGAAACUAAGACACGGCUGCACCACCAAGUCAAAAUUUGAAUGUUAUAGCCAUAGAAGUAAGGACACCUAUCUAGCUACCCUACCCACAUCUCUCUUUAUAUAAUCCCCUCAUUCCACCAUAGCAUAGCAUAGCACACUUCAGAAAACAAAAAGGCCAUGGCGGCAAGAGAACCAGGAGAAGAAGAAGAAGUGAAGCUGAUCAAGACAUGGUCGAGCCCUUACGCCCUAAGGGCCGUUUGGGCUCUGAAGCUCAAAGGCAUACCCUACGAGUCCAUCGACGAAGAUCUCACCCACAAGAGCGACAUCCUCCUACAUCACAACCCUGUCCACAAGAAAGUCCCUGUCCUCCUCCACCAUGGAAGAUCCAUCUGUGAAUCCCUAGUAAUCAUCGAGUACAUCGAGGAGACCUGGAGCCACAACCCACCCAGGCUGUUGCCUGAGGAUCCUCUCCAGCGAGCCGAAACUCGUUUCUGGGCGAAAUUCGUAGAUGACAAGGCACUGCCGUCGAUAUGGCAAGCGUUCUCGAAGGAAGGUAAGGAGCAGGAGCAAGGCCUGUCCGAAACAGCAGAGCAUUUCAGGUUGCUGGAGGCAGAGCUGAAGAAGAAGAAGAAGAGAUUGUUCUUCGGCGGGGAGGAGAUCGGAAUCGUGGACAUCGCGCUGGGCUGGGUGGUGAACUUGGUGCCACUGUUCGAACGAAUCCUGGGAGUGAAAUUUCUGGACGAGGAACGUCAUCCGGCGUUGUUGGAGUGGAGGCAGAGGAUGUCCGAUGUGGAUGUGGUCAAAGAGAGCUGGCCGCCUCGCGACAAACUCGUCGCCAAGUGGACGGCCAUCCGCGAGCGUUGCGUGGCCAUGGCCGAGAAAGGAGGAGGAGAAGAAGUGAAGGUGUUGAAGACAUGGUCGAGCUUGUUCGGACUGAGGGUCAUUUGGGCGCUGAAGCUCAAAGGCAUACCCUACGACUCCAUUGAUGAAGACCUCGCCAACAAGAGCGAUCUGCUUCUGCAGUACAACCCUGUCCACAAGAAGGUCCCUGUCCUCAUUCACAACGGGAAGCCCGUCUGUGAAUCGCUCGUGAUCCUCGAGUACAUCGACGAGGCUUGGAGCCAGAACCCGCCUAGGUUGUUGCCUCGGGAUCCCGUCCAGCGCGCCUCGGCUCGCUUCUGGGCCAAAUUUGCCGACGAGAAGGUACGUUAUUUGGUGUUACUUACGUAG